UGUUCGAAAAAUUACCAUAUCCAAGGGAAUGCCCCUUGGUGGAGUUGAGUACGAGAUCGUUUGGUUGAUCGCGUGUCGCUUGGAAAUGCAUUAUCCGAUUCGUUGCAGUGAAAGUGCAAAAAAAUCAAAUCAACUAAUUAGACUGAAGCCAAAGGAGCUGAAACUGGGCGUGUGGCAGAGGCAGGGGCAGACGCAGAGGCAGAGGCAGAAACAGAGGCAGAUGUAGUCGACGCCGCCGAUAGCCAGAUGAUCGAAUGGUGGUGAUCCUCCUACUGUCGCCAUGCACAUGCAGCAGCCGCAGCAGCAUCAGCAGUCACAUCCAACAACAACAACAACAACUAUCACACCACCAACCAGCACCAGAAACAGAUUCAGCAUUAGAUUCAAUCACCAAUUUACAACAACAACAACAAGAACAUGGCUGCUCUUCCUCCUCCUCCGUCAACAGUAAUGUGUCCUCUUCGGCUUCCACGGGUGAUACGGCCAUUCCGGCCAGUUAUCUACGACAACAACAAUUGCAAUACCAACGACAACGACAACAACAACAAUAUAACCAUACCCAAUCCGGACGACCUAGUCAUAGUCAUAGCUAUUAUACAGCACUGCCGCCACGAGCAUCUGCCACAGGACCAGCACCACCAGCUGGAGCAACAACAACAACAACAGCGAACGCUGUUCCCAAGCCACCUCGCAUUCAUGCAACAACCUUUGCUGCCGCUCCAUCUCCGCGCAUCUUUCGCAUCUAUACACAAUCUCUGCCACUGCCACCCGCCAAUUAUAAUAAUACUAAUAAUAACAAUAUCAAUACCACCAACACCACCAACACCACCACCACUGACUAUGUGCGUCACGUGACCCGCGUUAAUUUCUACGACAUUGAUACUUCGCAGGUCGAAUUCGAGCCCAAAGAUGAUGAGGAGAGCAACGAGGCAACAUCAACCAAUUGCGAUACAGAAGCUAUUACCAAAGAAGAGGAAUGGAUCACGAAACGAAAAACAGAGCUUACAACAACAAGACAGAUUGAGACACGAGUAAAGCGACAAGUGAAGCUACAAGAUGGCAAGGUCAUUGAGGAUUCGGGUCCCAUAGUGUCGACAAAUACAACCGAGGACACUGAUAAACAGGAGACGGAAACAACAGAGAAACGUGAUUUGGGUCUGCCCGAUGAUUUAAAUGGGAAUGCUCAGCUUAUUGAUGUUGCGGCUUUAGAGGCUGGCGCCGUUAAUGAGCAACAGUUGGCCCAAUUGCAAGAGACUUUUGGUCCGCCCAGUGGUCCUGUUGGUCCUGCUGGUGGUCCUGCUGCUGGUGGCUUGGGUAAAUUGGUUAAACGCAUGGUACCACGACCUGUCGAUGGUCUAGUGCGUCAGGUGGAUGAUAAACGUGUUAUUUCGCAUGAGGAAAUCAAGGACUAUCAUGAAACCGAGGAUGUUAAGCAUUUGGGUGACUUUACCGAUGAGACCUACGUGAACGCUGUACGCGACGGUGUUGAAGAUCUAGAGGCCGCACUCUGUUCACCGGAGAGCCAACGGGCUUUGGUACCACUGGGCCCAAAGGUGAUAGCCAAUCGAAGUAAAUCGCGAAAAACCAUCGAUUCGGAGGACACACAGAAACGUUGUCUGGCCCAAGAGGAUGGGACAUUGGUAACCGAAAGUAAACAGACAACCGAACACGAGCUCAUUGUUGACGACGAACUGCCAGAGGAGGAAGCCGAUAAGGGGAAUGCAUUGUUGGGUGAACAGGUGACAACAACGGCAUCGAAUCAACGUUAUUUCAAACAGCGUGACGAGCAGCAUGUGGAUGUGGUAGCCAACGGCAAGCUGGUAUCCACCGAAAUGCGUUACGCUGCCGAGACAACGCAAAUGGAAAAGGACGGUGGUGAUCUGGAGCGGCCUGGUGAUUGGGAUAGCCUGUCGGCACGGAUGCGCAAACUGCGACGCUCUCAACAACAACAGCAGAAGGAGGUGGCCCUGCUGGCCGAUCGAAAAGAUGCCUUAACCAAGAGACCCCUGGACUUUGAUCGCGAGGAAGAGACACGCAAGGGUGAGACCAUGAAAUGGUUAGAAUCCCAUUUUGGUAGUGAGUCCACUGCAUCGAAUGAUUCCCGUGACGAUGUCGACGCCGAAGCCGAUGUGGAGCCAACAAAGAAGAGCUAUUUCAAUGUGACCAUCAAAUCGCAAAGUCAACCCAAUUAUGUGUCCGCCAAUCAACAGCAGCCACAUCAUCAUCAUCAUCAUCAUCCUCAGACCUUGCCACGUAGUGCUGAAAGAGAGAGAGAUCGGGAGCGAGAACGUGAAAGAGUUACCCCCCUGACCACAGCUGCCACAUUGGAGCGCAAAGCUCCGUCCUCGGGGGGUGCAGCAGGAGCUGGAACACCAGCGGGGCGUUCCAAGUAUUUUCAGGGUAUAUCGAAUUGGUCGGACCGCAAGGAGAUCGGAGCAUCGACAGCCAAUCACUUCUCGUCACAAGCCUUUCGUGAGGACCUCCAGGAGACAGUCCGUCGCAAUGGCCUCAAGAACAGCAACAAGAACACCAAGCCAAGUGGUGGCCCGGGUAGUUCUGGCUCGAUAAAACCUGUAGGCGGAUCGGUGAACAACAAUCACGAAGUCCUGGCCAAGGACAGUUAUGUCAGCCGUGAGGAUAUUCUGCAGCAGAAGCGGCAGAGUCUCUCCUCACAGUUUCUGGCACGAUCAAUGCGUGGUUCACGCGAUGCUCUCGAUGACCUAGAGGCCAUACCAGGACCCGGUCCGGGACCGAACCAACUGCGCUCAAAUCAGAGUGAAGAAGCUUCGUACAAGAGGUCGGCCUAUCGUCAGAAUAUCGUCAAUAGCAAUAACACUCACAUGAAUGGUAAUGGACAGCCCUCAAUCAAUGGGGUUGGAAGUAAUUCAACGAAUGGCCUUAGAGGUAAGAGCUACGAGCCCUCACCCCCGCCACCUGCGCCAUCUUCCGCUGGUCCCGCUGCCAUGGAGUACUCGGUUAAUGGCAGCAAUAAUAGACCUACAGUUCCACAGCGUCGACGUGCCAUCGAAAAGAAAUUGGGCGAGCAAAGCUCCAAUCUUAUCCACGCUCAUGCGCCCUCGAGGAGUGCAAGUGGCCUGGUGCCCUCUUCUUCAGUAAGUCAAUUGGAGCCACCGCCGGAUUAUUCGCCGCCACCACGUAGCCGCAGUCGUUCAUCUUCGCCACAGGUGGAUUAUCUGAUGACACGACCUCCGCCACCGCCAUCUUCCUCAAGGGAAAUGCCACCCAGCUCUACCAUGACGCUUAGUCGCAAGCAGCAGCAGCGAACUCGAUUUGCUCCAACCUCAAGUUAUCCGCCAGUCUCCAGCACAGGUACUCUACGUCCUGGAAAUGGUACCACAUCCGCCUCCACCUCAAAUCUGUCGGCCCUGAGUGGCAGUAAGCCCAGUCGCAUGGGUCAGGUGAUUGGCAACUCACUGCGCAAACUGGUCAGCAAAAUACGUUCAGCCAGUGCCGAGAGGAAAUUUCGCAUGAAAUCCGCUUCGAAUAAGUCCCGCGAACAAUCGCCUAGUCCAGGAACAGCAGGCAAUCCGAUUGGCGUCGACGGCAACGGAAUGACCACAUAUCAGCAAUAUAAUGUCAUUGAUGGCCAUAUCGGUGGUGGUGGGACCCGACACCACAGUAGCAAUGACUCUGAAGACUCGACAAGUGACAAUCAACGGCGUCGCGGGGAAAGGGAGCGGGCAGAUAGAGUUGAGCGUCAGCCACUUAAGCCAGAAUCUCAAAGUUCGGGUCGUCUUAAUUUCAAGAGAGCCGAAUCAGCUGAUCCGCAAUUGCAGUUGAGUCCACGUCAACGUUAUUAUCUGGGCGAAGAUCCGUAUUCUAGUUCAUUGUACGGCAAAGAGAAUAUCUAUGAGCGUCGUCCCCGUCAACGCUACGACCAGAACCGGGAGCAUGGAGAACAACGUGACGAUGACUAUUACGAGACAUCGCGAGGACCUGCUCCGCCGCCACCGCCGCCCGUGACCAGCAGCCAUACGCUUGGACGCUAUCAGAAGCAUGGCCAACGUUUCAGUGGCUCCACGCCCAAUCUCAACCUGCAUCAGGACUAUCGCUCAGCUCAGACCUUGCCACGUAAGUUGCACGAACAGCGUAAGCAACCGCUUGCAGCACCACCAACUAAUAGAGUAAUGAAUGGGAUGAACACUACCAACUAUGUCCAGUCGUCAGGUAAUCCGGGUUCGGCUGCAGGUCCAGUCUCAAUACAGACAGGACCACGCUCAAUCGGAUCGGGGGUUGUGCCAUCUAUACCACCGGGUCCGGCCAAACCAGCACGCACUUAUGCCAAGGUCUUGAAUCGUAGCAAAAGCUUCAAUGUCCAUGGCAUGAAUGGCGGCAAUGAUCCUAGUCCCAUUUACAUUGAGAAGCUAACGCGGAACAAUUAUCCAAGUAAUGGCUAUCAGAUCAGUGGUGGUAGUAGUAGACCCGAACCAGCACCGGGUCUGGCCCAAUCGUCGGCCUACAAGUCGCAGCCGCAUCUAUUUUCCAGCGGCAAGGAUAACUCGUUGAAGAGUGGCCUGAAGAGUCCAUCGAUUGUCAAUCUGAUUAGUCGCAGUCAAAAGGAUUUGACCAAAAUAUCUGGCAACGAUGAUGAACAGGAUGAUCUCUCGCUGAGCUAUCAUCAUCCGCAUGAAACAGAGAGCAAAAAGCAAUUGUAUUUAAGGGGGUUGCAUCAACAAGCACCGGAUCUGUAUCGCGUCUUGCAUGGCCAUGAGGAGGAUCAACAUCAUCAACAGUAUGGCAGAUCGCCUGCUCCUGGUCCACCCACUAAAUAUCCAUUACAGCCGAAGUAUUCGCUUGAUUCCCGUUCUGCAGCACCAACCGUGGAACUGAACAAGGAUACGGCCAGCAUUGUGCGACGCAGCAGUGAAGUGGAUUCCAAACGGCUUAUCUAUGCUGAUGAGCCAGUAGUCCAUCAUCAUCAUCAUCAGCAACAACAACAUCAUCAUCAUCAUCCGCAUGUACAGCAUCAUUUACAGCAUUCCCAGCACCAGCACCAGCAGCAGCAGCAACAUCUUCCACAUCAUCAACAUUUGCGUCGUGGCUCGGGAGCCACUAUUAUUGAGUUGCGUAAUCGCAAGUGAUUCUUCGUCUUCUCGUCUUGGUCUUCUACUACUUUUGCUUUUUAUUGUUUCUUCUACCAUUUUGU